AUGGCAUCGCUGGUUGCGGAAGCUGCUCAGUUGAUCAAGGGGGCGCCGGCCUUUGUGCAUUGCCGCGAUGCCGAUGCCGUGGCUGCGCUAUUGGCCAACAUGCGGCGCGAUGGACCCAGCAAGUUUCAGGUCAUUGCCGACUUUGAUUAUACUCUGACUCGGUUUCGGCUGGACGAUGGCGAGCGGAGCGCUUCAACGCAUGCCUGUGUGGAGCAAAGCCCGCAGCUGGGAGAAGAUUUUGCCCAGCGUACGCGCGCGCUGUUCAACAAGUACUAUCCAAUCGAGGUGUCGGACAUUCCAGAAGAAGAGAAGAUUCCUCACAUGAUUGCUUGGUGGACCUCGGCUCACAAGCUGAUGAUGGAGUACAAGUUGCACCGCAACCAUCUCAAGGAAAUGGUCAAGAACUCGCGGCUACAGCUGCGUGGUGGCACUGAACAGCUGUUUGCUGCUUGUCAGAGCCAUGAUGCACCCUUCCACAUCUUCAGCGCCGGCCUGUACGACGUCAUUCACGCUUUCCUGGCGCACCACAACCUUGAGAAACUGGGCAUGCACGUUGUCUCGAACAUGAUGUCUUUUGACCAGGACGGCUUUCUCACCGACUUCCAAGGCACCCUCAUUCACUCUCUCAACAAGAACAGCAAGGCCCUCCGCGACUCGCCCGAGUGGGACCGCAUCAAGGUGAUCAUUCUUCCCCUUGCUCCUGUGGACUGGGAUAACCUAGGCGAUGUGUUUAUGUGCAAAGGCCUCGCCACCACCAACUGCCUGCGCGUUGGCUUCUUGAAUGACCGCGCCGAGGAACGUCGUGCCCAGUACCUGGACACCUACGACAUUGUGAUCGAGAGUGAUCCCGACAUGUCCUUUGUCAAUGAACUCACCGACUGGAUUCUAAGUGCCAGCUCAGAAGGACGCAAAACUGAAUAG